AUGCUUAUCCGCAGAUCAUACUCCGGGCUUCAUCUCACUUGCAUCAAGUACCUGCAAACGCUCGAGGUUCUCUGCAAAAUACACGACGGUGAAUGUGGAAAUCACGCUGGGGGCAGAUCGCUUGCUCAGAAGGUUCUCAGCAUCGGCUAUUUCUGGCCUACCAUGCGCCAAGACUUCACGAAGUAUGCUCGAAAAUGUGAUCGAUGCCAACGCUACAAGCCAGUUCUUGGCCUGCCUACUGAGGAAUACCAUCCAUAG